AUGAACUCCCAGAAGCGUCAGAAGCAGCGCAAGGUGUUGUUAAUGGGCAAGAGCGGAGCGGGCAAGUCGUCGAUGAGAAGCAUUGUCUUCAGCAACUACGUUGCCAAAGAUGUCCGCAGACUGGGUGCUACUAUCGAUGUCGAGCAUAGCAACAUCAAGUUCAUGGGCAACCUCAUGCUGAAUCUGUGGGAUUGCGGAGGUCAAGAUGGCUUCGUCGAGAACUACCUUACACAGUCACGUAGCCACGUAUUCGGCUCCGUGGCCGUACUUAUUUUCGUCUUUGACAUCGAGUCUCGCGAGUUCCAAGCCGACGUCGUCUCUUACUCCAACAUCAUCCGUGCUCUUCACGAGUGUAGUCCCACUGCAAAAGUCUUUUGUCUCAUUCACAAAAUGGAUCUGGUACAAGCACGUCUUCGGGAAGCUAUGUAUCAUGAGCGCUCAAACUACAUUCGAGAUGCCAGUGAAGGCUUCAGCGACACGGUCGAAUUCUUUCCCACAAGCAUCUGGGACCAGAGCUUGUACAAGGCUUGGACGAAGAUCAUAUACUUCCUCAUCCCGAACGCAGGCACCAUCGAAGCUCUUUUGUCACAACUAGCGGAGAUCAUUGAUGCCAGAGAGCUCGUCCUGUACGAGCGCACAACCUGCCUUACAGUUGCACACGUAACACGGGGCGACGGCGAGGAUAACCCAUUCCACGAUCGUUUUGAGCGCAUAUCCAGCAUUCUCAAGACGCACAAGCAGAGCAUGGCCAAGCACACGAACAUUCCAGCUGGAAGUGCCAACUUUGCUGAGAUGCAGAUCAAGACCGGCAGAUUCAUGUUCUUCAUCACACGACUUACUGAGAACACCAAUCUUGCUGUUGCCAUCCCACCUUCCGAACAGGUCUUCAACGCUGCGCGUGUCAACAUCUUUCAGGUCCGCCCCAGAUUUGCAGAGCUCGACAUUGCAUCUAAGCCACGCCCUCCAAUCCAGCAAGCUUUCGCCGGUUCAGCAGAUACUGUGGAUAGUAGCAAGGGCAAGGAGAAGGUCAUGGGCUAG